AUGGAUGAUGCAAAAGCUUUAUAUAACACUCACACGGUAGAACAUUCUGAAGGAAGGCAAAUUUUAGAUUCCAAAACAAAAAACCUUAUUUUUUUAUACGGACAUGGCCAAAAUGAAAAUACUGUAGAAAUAUUAUCAACAAUAUUACAAGAUAAAAAUACCAAUAAUGAUUUUAUAAUUAAAAAAUUAAAUCAUUCAAAUGUAAUGACUAGUGCGAAACUUUUUAUUAAAAAUCAUGUAAAAUGGUCACCUUGUUACAAUAUUAUUUUUUACUACUCGGGUAAAAUUCAAUAUGAAGCUGAUGAAACUAUUUCAUUAUGCUCUGAAGAUGAAACAGGUUCUUUAGAUGAAAUUUAUAGGAAUAUAAUAACAGAACUUACAUCAAAAAAUAAUAAAGGACAAUUAGAAGAAACUAAAUUAAAACUGGUAUUUUUUAUCGAUUCCUAUGAUGGUUCAUUAAUAGAAGAUGAUGCAUCAAGAUUAAAAAUUACCCGUGAUUAUCUUAAGUGUGGUUCAAAAUUACCAAAAUGUUCACAUCCAUAUGGAGUAAUGACACUUCCAAGACCAUUUAAUAAUGUAUCAUUAAGAGAAUCUUUAGAUAAUGAUCUUUCCCCAUUCGCUAAUUUUUUAAUAAAUAGAGUUAAUAGUAUUGAAUUUGGUAAAAGAUUGUUUUAUGAAACUGCAAACAUUUUAGCAUCAGAAUUUUGGUCUAAAUUUAUUAAUCAAUGUUCUAGUUCAGAUGAAAGUUUUCUUAUAAAUGUUGCUAAAGAUUAUAUCGACAUUCAUAAUGGAAAGAACUCAAAACUUAAUGAAGAAAUAAAAGAGUCAAUCAUACAAAGAGAAUUUAAAAUAUUAUCAAAUGGAAACGAUUCAAAUGUAUUUAUGUUCAAAUUUUAA